GUUCACCACACAGACACACACUCGCCUUGAGCCUUCGCUAGGUGAGGCACUCUGAAGCUGGACUGGCCAGAUCCACUCAUGAGCAAGUCAGACCAUUUUCUAGUGAUAAACGGCAAGAACUGCUGUGUGUUCCGAGAUGAAAACAUCGCCAAGGUCUUGCCACCGGUGUUGGGGCUGGAAUUUGUGUUCGGACUCCUGGGCAAUGGCCUUGCCUUGUGGAUUUUCUGUUUCCACCUCAAGUCCUGGAAAUCCAGCCGGAUUUUCUUGUUCAACUUGGCCGUGGCUGACUUUCUCCUGAUCAUCUGCCUGCCGUUCCUGACGGACAACUAUGUCCAUAACUGGGACUGGAGGUUCGGAGGCAUCCCCUGCCGUGUGAUGCUCUUCAUGUUGGCUAUGAACCGACAGGGCAGCAUCAUCUUCCUCACCGUGGUGGCUGUGGACCGCUACUUCCGGGUGGUCCAUCCACACCACUUCUUGAACAAGAUCUCCAACCGGACGGCGGCCAUCAUUUCUUGCUUCUUGUGGGGUCUCACCAUCGGCCUGACUGUCCACCUCCUCUAUACAAACAUGAUGACCAAAAAUGGCGAGGCAUAUCUGUGUAGCAGCUUCAGCAUCUGUUACAACUUCAGGUGGCACGAUGCUAUGUUCCUCUUGGAAUUCUUCUUGCCCCUGGCCAUCAUCUUGUUCUGCUCAGGCAGGAUCAUCUGGAGCCUGAGGCAGAGACAGAUGGACAGACAUGCCAAGAUCAAGAGGGCCAUCAACUUCAUCAUGGUGGUGGCUAUUGUAUUCAUCAUUUGCUUCCUACCCAGUGUGGCUGUGCGCAUCCGCAUCUUCUGGCUUCUCUACAAAUAUAACGUACGCAACUGUGACAUCUACUCCUCGGUGGACCUGGCUUUCUUUACCACCCUUAGCUUUACCUACAUGAACAGCAUGCUGGACCCUGUGGUCUACUAUUUCUCCAGCCCAUCUUUCCCCAACUUCUUCUCCACGUGUAUCAACCGCUGCCUUCGAAAGAAAACAUUGGGUGAACCCGAUAAUAACCGAAGCACUAGUGUGGAGCUCACGGGGGACCCCAGCACAACCAGAAGUAUUCCAGGGGCGCUAAUGGCUGACCCCAGUGAGCCAGGCAGCCCCCCUUAUCUGGCUUCCACAUCUCGUUAAGUUACUAUGACAAGAAGGGAGAUUGCCGCUCAGGCCUGUGCUCUCUGGAGAGGCGAUUUGGCCGUUCGUUGAACAGGGUAACAUCUUCAGAUUUGGCUUACGCUUUCUUGGAACUUCUAGAUUCGGAGAAUCGAAUUUAGAGAAACGGCGUGGUGCAGUGAGCAGUUUUGGUUGCGAGGUGCAGCCAUAGAAAAUCUCAGAGGAACAGAAAGCAGAGUUUCCAGACAGUGGAAACUUCUCAGCCUUCCAAGCUUACAGGACUGAAGAAGACAGAGUCCUGCAGAGUUUGAGUCCCAGAUGCACCCAGACACACCUCAGUUCUGCUCAAAGUCACGGAUGGCUCUUCGUCCUAGGGUCCUACCUAGCCUGUCCGUGGGCCCCAGUGAGGACAAGGAGAUCCACGAAACUGGAGGGGAUCUCUACCCAGAUGUCACUGAUAAGCCAGUUGGUCACUUGUGUUCGGUGGGACCAGUAUACCUUUCAGCCAGACUUUAGCAGAAAUGCUAAAGAGGGGAGGAGAUGCAAAAGAUUUGAUUGUUCUCCAAGUCUCCAAAGGUGGUAAGAGGGGGUUAGCCCCAGGAGGGACUGAACUCAGUGCUGGAGAGAAACAAUAACAAAUUCAGCUGAGCUUUAAAAGGCUUUGGGGAAACAGUGGCUUCCCUCCUCUGUCUGCGUUUCUUAGUAAAAGGAAUUCAACUGUGUCCAUGGUUGGGGGGGGGGGGGCGGUUCAUUACUUGGGUUUCUGUACUUUAACAUCUACCAUUUCAAUAAAUUUCGACAGGAGAC